AUGAUGGAGACACAGGACGGAGCAGAGCUCUGCUUUCCACAACUCUUCAACACCUCCUGCAGGAAGCUGACACCUCCUUGGUUUGAAGUGAUGCUCAUUCACAUUUUGCUCUACUCCAUCUCUCUGCUCACUCUAGCUCUCAACCUGCUCGUCAUCAUCUCAGUCUCCCACUUCAGGCAGCUCCACACACCCACCAACAUCCUCCUCCUCUCUCUGGCUGUCUCAGACCUUCUAGUGGGCCUCGUGCUGAUGCCAGGAGAAAUCCUCCGAAAAACAUCCUGCUGGUUUCUUGGUGACUUUCUGUGUUUUCUUUAUAAUUAUUUUUCAAGCAUCAUUACCGCAUCCUCAAUAGGUGACAUGGUGCUCAUAUCAGUUGACCGUUAUGUGGCUAUUUGUGACCCUCUGCAUUACACCACCAGAAUCACUGUCAACAGAGUUAAACUCUGUGUUUGUCUGUGUUGGCUCUAUUCUAUUUCCUACAGCUUUCUCUAUGUUAAGGAUGUCCUGACUCAACCGGGAAGGUAUAAUUCCUGCCACGGAGAAUGUGUGUUGGUCAUUGACUAUGUUGUAAAAGCUGUAGACCUUGUUUUGAGCUUUGUUGUUCCUUUUACUGUCAUCAUAGCUCUAUAUCUGAGAAUAUUUGCCGUGGCUGUGUCUCAGGCUCGUGCCAUGCGCUCUCACAUUACAGCUGUCAAACUCCAGCUUUCAGUGACUCCAAAGGCAAAGAAAUCAGAGCUGAAAGCAGCCAGGACUCUUGGUGUUCUUGUGGUUGUGUUUUUAAUAUGUUUCUUCCCAUAUUACACUGUCUCUCUCGCAGGUGACAACUGGGUCAAUGCUUCAUCUGCAUCCUAUGUUCUCUUUAUGUUUUAUUCUAACUCUUGUCUAAACCCUGUGAUCUAUGCCUUUUUUUACCCCUGGUUUAGAAAAGCAGUUAAAGUCAUUGUAACUCUUCAGAUACUACAGCCUGGCUCCUGUGAGACCAACAUCCUGUAG